AUGUCCAGAAGAUAUAACCUAUCCAUAGACAAUAUCUACGCUGGAAAUUCCCCUCAUGCCAACCUCUUGUCAACAAAAACGCAACUAUUGUCUGGAGCAGAUACAUCCUUACAAUUAUUGCUUCCACAUAAUUGCAUAACAGGAAGUCUAGAUCUCCACAUCCCUGAGUGGAUCUGGAAGAAAGCUGGUAGAAUACUCCCCCAAUCAAACACCAUCUUCCCAGCACCCUUGAGGGACUCCAAAAUAAGGACAUUCUCCAUUAUGUCUGAAAGAGGGAGUAUUCCACACUUUGUUCAAGUGAACACAAACUUUAAAGCCACCUGUACAUGCACAAAUUUCAAACCAAAACAAAUAUGUUGAAGGUGCCCUUGACAAGUUCAUGACAUGGUUCAAGGGGCAGAGGAUCAAGGGUGGACUCUCAUCAGUGGUGGCUAUUAACAUUGACACAAGAGCAUCUGGUCAAAAGCAAGGUCCAAAGAAGCAAAGAAAAACAAGAGAAAAUAUUGACUUUGUCCCAACUAUGUCUUCCUCGUUUCUAGACAUGGCAACAACAAGUGCGACUUCAAGUUUGACUUCAUUUGCUACUUGA